CCCACUUUUGUUAUUUCAACCGUGGCGAGUUGUACGUUCUAUUACCUCGGAUGGCUUAGAAACUGUGUGGUCGAAACAGAAACGAUCCAAGCUCCAGAAAAUACUCGAAAUAAGUGUGAAAAACUGUAUAGAUCCUCGGAAAAUACACCAUUCAUGAAUCCGGAAUCGAGGGACCUGGAUUUGAGAAAGGGCGAUGUCGAGAGGCCGCACUUCGAGGCGGUUACCACACUGUCCGACUCGCAGGCGAUCCGGAGCGUCGACUUUCAUCCGAAUGGAAAGUUGUACGCGGUGGGCUCCAACUCCAAGACCUUCCGCAUCUGCCAGUACCCCGCGCUGUCCAAGCUGAGACAUGGACACCAGGCAGCGGUGUAUCCCCCGUCCGUUCUCUGCAAGCGCACGAAACACCAUCGGGGCUCCAUAUACUGCACCUGCUGGUCACGGGAUGGGGAGCUAAUUGCCACCGGAUCGAACGACAAGACCAUCAAGUACAUGCGCUUCAACAACGACACCAACCAGCUGGUGGGACACGAGAUGGAGCUGAACAUGCACGACGGCACGGUGCGGGACAUGUGCUUCCUGGACGACUCGUCCACCAAGUCCCGGCUGCUGGCGAGCGGCGGCGCCGGGGACUGCAAGAUCUACAUCACAGACUGCGGAACCGGCACUCCCUUCCAGGCCUACAGUGGUCAUACUGGCCACAUCCUGUCCCUCUACAGCUGGAACAACGCGAUGUUCGUGUCGGGAUCGCAGGAUCAAACGAUACGUUUCUGGGAUCUGCGAGUGAAUGUCUCUGUGAAUACGCUGGAUAACGAUCGAAAGGAUGGUGGUCUGGAGAGCUCCGCUGUAACCGCGGUCUGUGUAGAUCCCACCGGCAGGCUGCUAGUCUCUGGGCACGCUGACAGCUCCUGUACUCUGUACGACAUCCGUGGCAACCGGCCCAUUCAGCGCUUCUAUCCGCACACCGCUGAAAUAAGGUGCGUCCGAUUCUCCCCAUCCGCCUACUACAUGCUGACGUGCAGCUACGACAACUCGAUCCGGCUGACGGACCUGCAAGGCGACCUGGCCCACGAGCUGUCCUCCGUGGUGGUGGCGGAGCACAAGGACAAGGCCAUCACCAUCCGAUGGCAUCCGACCGAGUUCUCCUUCAUCUCCACGUCGGCGGACAAGACGGCCACCCUCUGGGCGCUGCCGCCCUCGUAGCUCCGUGGUCCAAUGUUCCGGUCCAGUGGCGGCUUUAAAUUCGUUGUCGAUAUUGUACUUCCGCAGAAUAGUUCAGACUGAUCUAAUUUAUUGAAUAAACCCAUUCCAACAGAUAAAGGAAAAUG